AUGAAAUGUAAAUUUAUUCAUAAAUUUGUUACUAAAAUGAAAUAGCAAUUUUGUUUUGAAAUUAUUAUUUUAAUUUANAAGCUUUAGAUGCAGUCUUAACGAAAUUAAAGUGGAGAAGUGCUGAAACUUAAAAUAAAAAUAAUCACAAAAAAUAAAUCGAAUUACAAGAACAAUAAAAUAAUUAAGUAAAGCCAACAUUUAAUUAGCUAACUUAGAUAAAUGUCUAAUAUACUAUAGGUAAUUUUGAGUAAGAGCUAAAUUUUCACGAAUUAACUCCUUGUUUAGUUAAUGUAAACAGAAACCUCAUUUAUUUUUGUUCUCAUGAAAUUUUAGAAUAAUUUUAUGAAUUUCAUCAAUAAAAACAACAUUUAUUUAAAGAUUAAUUUGAUAAAAUUAAGAAUGAAUUACAAAUCAUUGAUACUAGAUUCCAAAAUUUUAAAUCAACCCUUUGUAUGAUAGAAGAAAUUGAUGAUUCCUAAAGAAGUCAAUUAAACUUUUAUUCCAGUGAUGUUGAUGGUUUUUUGAAUCUUGAAACUCCAGAAACAUUUUCCAAACCUGUUUAUGCUAAUCCAAUUGAAACAAUUACUCAUUCAGCCUUAAAAUAUAUUCACAGAUGGAAAACUGAUAGUCAACUCAAUGAUAGACGUAGAAAUAGUGUAACCAUUCCAAGAUCUUUGCCAAAUUUGAUAUAAAUUUAAACAUGA